CCACAAACCGAAUGAGUGUUUCGUUGAAACAGUGAAGCGUUUCAAAUCAAGUAUCAUGAGAGGCCGACACUGUGAGGUAGGCUCAGGCUUCAGAGCAUUGUUGUUCGUUGCCUCCACAAGCCAACACCCCGAAAGAUGGAGUGGUCGAGUCCACCAAUAGUGUGGCUGGUGGUGGUGGUGGCGGCGGCGGCACGGGUGUGGACUCUCCCCAUUAAAGAAUUUAAACCUUCUGAAAUAAGCCUGAAGAAUCUCUCCCCAGAACAGCUGGACACUUUGGUGGAGGUUAGCUUAAAAAAACUAAAGGCCGAAAUCGCCACGAGUUACGAAAAUCAGCUCAGGCGCCAUCAAAGGGAUCUGGCGCUCCUUGAGCAGCGGGCCGGCGCCAUAGAGCAGGAAGUGCCAGACCAACUGCGCGUUCGCCGAUUUGUCAACCAGCAGCAGUUCUGGCACUCCUACUACAACUUUGACAACCACAGAGACAGGGAGGUAUUAAGGAUUAAAAAUAUAACUGUGAACCAAGACCUUGAAGAUAUAACCAUCGAUAAAGUCAUAUCUCUCAAUUUGUGGAACUUCGCGGCUAUUUACAGGAUGAAAACGAAGAUGGGCUAUGCUCUGAAAAAUGGAAGCCUGCGCCAACUUCUAGUGAAGAACCAGUGGACAAAGAGCCUCCGAGGGUGCUUCUGCAACCGCAUGGGCUAUCAAGUCAACGGAGUGGAGAACGAGAAUGAAGGAUGCGCUUGCUGUCACUCGGGGUACUGCAGGUGUCCCUCGCGAGUGGAUACUUGCGUUCCGUGCACAGAGCUCUCAGUGGCAUCGUGUGAGCAGCACAAACCAAGGCCACUACUUUUGGAAACUGCCGUGGGCUUCCAGUACUACCUCAACAAUUUCGACACGGAAUUUGGGCUUCAGGGAGUCCUCAUAGCAUACUACGGAACCAAGUUGUCAUUAUACAGCAUCGACGAUGAUGGUGUUCAACUUAUAAAGUCUAAAAACAGCUUGGACACUCAGAUUUUUGACAAGCCCGUGACGCAUCUGGGUUAUGGCGAAAUUUAUAAAGAUAACGACGGAAACAUAACGAAGGCGAGGUACCUCUUCAGCUUCACUGCGGGCGAGGUAAACCACCGCUGCUACACGAUUGACAUUAACAAGGGAGAGUUCACUAUUGGUUUACAGUUUUGGAAAGCAAACGGCACAGAGAUGAAGGUUUGGCAGGUUGGUUGGCGGGUGAUGGUAGCCAUCUUGUACAACGAUGGACUAGUAAUCAGAGAGCUUGUACAGUCACUUCGUCGGCGCACGUAUGAACUGCGUUACCUUCAAGAAAUACGGGUGGGUAGGGGAGCUCCAAUAUUAUCAUGGACAAGCUUCACCAUGGCAUUUGAAAAUUACUUGGUGGUAGUGACUGCAGAUAGGGCGAAGGUGCUACACUUGGGCAAAAACUACACUCGAGUACAGGAUCUUGCUCCCGAGAGUGGCAUGUCUGCUUUCUCAGCCAUUCUUCCCAUCAACAUGCCAUGGUGGCGGGGAAGGGCUGUACUGUUGACGGGUCAGGGCCGGCAGCUGGUAGCUUAUGUGUGGAGCAGUGCUGCUCAGCGCUUCCACCAGGCCUACACCAUGCGUCUUGAUGUCGGUAUUCGGGACUGGAAGAUUAGCUUUGCCUUCUUCGAUUCAUCGAGGAGCAGGUGUCUUGUUUUUGUACAAGGUGACUCCGUUGCCGUGACAUUACGGAUAGAAGCGAAUCUGGAGGACGUUGAAGACCCGGUUGCCAGCCAGAUAAGGGCGCUGCAUGGUAUCGUGCAGCCUCUAAAGGAUGAGUUAAAGCAACAGUCGCAGGUAUUGGAGGAUGUGCGUAGUGCGCUGCAGCAUAGUGCUAGUAAUAAAGAUCUCAUUACUGGCAAUAUUACUGUGCUUAACGGGAUACGUGUUCAAGGGACUCUCGCCACGGGUGUUAUUGAGGCUGAAAAAAUCAUACUGGAGAGCCGUGAUUCAAGUGGACAAGUAACUCGGCAGCAAUAUGAGGAAGAGGCAGACUGGCUACUUCGCUACCACACUGUGCUCGACACUCUCAACCAGACCAUCGUCAGCGUUCACAACAGGCUGGAUGAUGCUGUGCCCAUCAACGGCAGCAAGAGGCUAAUCACUGGCAGAAAGGCUGUUUUAACGGGUGGCAUACACGUCUCAGCGCUCACUAUCGACCGCCUCGCUGUAGGACGACCGCUCGAUGCUCGAGGGAAGCCGUUGCCUCUUGACGACAUACUAACAAGUGUUGUCAGGUAUAACGACACACGAGUCGUCAGUGGGAAAAAGAUUUUCUUGCAACCUCUGUCUGUGGGGAACCUAAGGGCCAAGUACCUGGAUGACAUUCCCAUCGAUGACAUGGUGACCUCCGGGGGCAAUCACAAGAUAGCUGGAACAACCAUUUUCUCCCGCCUGAUUGCUCAGACAGUGAAACUUUCUUCUGGGGAAACCGUUGCAGGCAUUGAUAUUUCUGAAGAAAUUGUGACGCUGAAUGGUGACGUUGCCUUGGGUACUUGCAACUUCGAAGGAGUGACAGUGGACGCUCUAACUGCGAUUUCCAAGAAAGUGGACGAGGUCGACAUCCAGCGCCUGAGAAGCCGCGCCUUGACAACGCUCGGGGGCACGAUACAGGGAUCACUCUCCUUUGUUAGCCCGCCGGCUAUUAGCACUUUGAACGCAAACAAAAUUAUGGGAGUAAACAUAGCUAAAUUCAUGUCAACCACAGUAUUCAGGCACAAGCCAGCCAUCAUGAGCGGGCGCCUUGCCAUCCCUUCAGUGGAGGUGCGCGGUGACGUAGUUGUGGAUGGAUUAAUCAACGGCAAGAAGUUUCCUGAUGAUUACGUUAUUAACACUGGUAGAACCAUCGAUUUUGGAGUUCAGUGGUAUAAGGAAGUCCACUUCAGAAGCCUCAGCCUGGGCCCACAGUGCCGCGUGGAUGGCCUCCUUCCUUCCAGUCUUGUAACCCUUCACACACCACAGACUAUUACAGGCCUUAAAAGAUUUGCUGGGGGUGUGUACAUUGAGGGUGACCUGGACAUACCAUCCAAGAUAAUAGAUGGCAUAAAUAUGGACGAAUUAAACAAUUACUUAACAAAUAUCAAGUCAGGAAGCUGGAAAUUCGAUGUUGUCUUUGAACAGUUUGUAAGUGCACCUUCAGUGUUUUGUUCAGGUACACUAAACGGCCUCGACUGGGCUUCAUUCAUGAAUGACAUAGUGUAUGACGACGUCCCCUCAGUGUUGAUAAACUCCACUAAGAUCUUUAGUAACGGACUGACCGUUGAAGAAGCCAUAUUCCAUAAAACUUUCAAUGGUGAGAACUUCAGCAAUCUAGUGAAUAUCGCAGCGCUCAACAACGAUACGAGCAAUCAGGUCAUCACUGGAGGUAAAACCUUCUUGAACGAUGUAGCUUUUGAGUCCAUGACUACACAACUGGUGGCCGGUAUUGACUUGAAAGAGAUGGCUAAUAGAGCUGUGUACUUAAAUAAAGUCGGACAAACUGUCUAUGGAAUAAAGACUUUCACAGAAACUUUAAGUGUGGAGGAUCUUGUGGUUACUGGGAAUAUAAAGAAUCUGGAUAUUGACAAAAUAGUAAGAAAGAGCAUCGACCAGGUCUUUACCGUGCCACAGUCUCUGCGCCACGCCAAUUUUAGCGACAUGGAGGUUAUCAGCAUCAACAUGGCCCAAGGGCACACGAUCAACGGCGUGGACAUCGCCUUGCUCAACAUGAGGAGAGUGAGUCUUACCUCCCCCGGUUACUAUCCAGGUGUGCUCACCAUUGAAGGGUCAAUGCUAUCCCACGCCGCCCUUACUGUCGGCAUAAUUAACGGCUACAGGGCGGACCAGCUCACGAGCAACUUGGUGAUGAAGGACCAGUUUACCGUCAUCACCGGCAAUGUCAAGUUCACAGCCCUCACUGUCGAUGGUCCAGUCACCACACACAACCAGACUGGUGCCAAUGGGCAUAAUAUCACCGAUAUAAGCCUGAGAGCCAUCCAUCUAUCGGAUGAUGUGAUGAUUACUGGAGACGCGACUUGGGGUGACUUGGUGUUCCAGCGUGAUGUGGCGGUUGAAGGUCUGGUGAACGGCGUGAAUCUGCGGAAACUGAGUCACGAUGUAGUGUAUCUGGACCAGACGUCAAGCCACAUUAUUACAGGUAAGAAGACAUUUAAAGGUGGGUUGACAGUUCAAGGCAAUCUCGAGGCCACAACCAUUAACGGGAUUGACUUGAGGACGCGCCUCCUAACCCGCCAUACGGAGCAGACCAUUACCUCCCUGUACUACUUCGUCGACGUAGAUGCCAAAGCUGCCCUCUACAUUCUGGGCUUGUACAACAACCGCAACCUUGCCGGCCUGGCAUCAUUUGGCCUCAGCGGCACGGACGUGAUUAGAGGAAAUGUGAUUUUCCACGGUGAGGUGACCACCGACCACCUGCACAUAGCCGGCCACUACAAUGGGGUGAAUGUAACCAAACGCAUGUCAGACUCCAUCUCCUUGUACGAAUCCAGUGUGAACAUAACAGGCAUGAAGAACUUCACGGCCAACGUCACUUUCCAAACAGUGGACACUCGUGAUGUUAAUCUUGUGCCUAUGGUGCGAUAUUUUCAGCAUGUGGUGCUGAGCAACUCUAGCACCAAUUUCGGCUAUCCAGUGCACGUGAAUGGGACAGUGUGGGCACCCUUCGUUUCUGCAGAUUCCGUCGUGGUAGAGGGAAGUGUUAGCGGCGUGGACUAUGAUAAACUGCUGAGAGAAGCGAUUUACCUGGAUAGGAACCAAAGUAUCAGCAGCGACCUGGUAUUCACAAAAGACAUCAAAGUGCAAGGAGCAAUCCACACAACGCUACUAAAUCAUCUGAGCAUGACAACGCAGUACCUGACGACCAGCACGCCACAGACCCUGCCCGCCAGCCUGGUACUGGGGACAGCUACCACGGCUCGAGUUGACGUGGGCGGCUUGGUAAAUUCAUGGCGGCUCUCCGAAGAAGUGAAAGCCACCAUGAAGGCCGUUGGGGGCCAGGUGGUGUACGGCAGCAUGUCACUGAUGGGUUCGGUGGAGGUGGUUACGGAUGUGCAGGUUACCGGCCUGGUGGGGCUCGACGAGAAGCUUGAUCUCUCCAGGCAAGCAGUGAGCCUCCACCAUAACACUCAAAUUCAAGGGUUGUUACUGUUCAAAGUGCCGAUCGUGGCAUCAAGCCUAAGCAGUCCGAGCGGCGUGGUGAACGGCGUGGAUGUAGAGGUCAUGCUGGCCUCUGCAUGGUACCUUGACCAGCGCACAGUUGUUAAUGUACCUGUCGACUUCAAAGGACCCGUUGUAUUUGAGGGAGCUCUUCUGACAAAUAACACUUUGGAUCCUUCGCGGCUACAAAACCUACAACAUCAGUUGAUCUCCGCUGUCACUCAUCACAGCUUCAUGGCGGAGAACCUCAGCGCGUUGUACCGCGGGACCUGCAGCCGUAUUGAGCCCCUUUACAAGCAGCUGGAAAACGCCAUCUAUGAAGCAGAUUUCUUCAAGGCUGUGUACGAGGACCAGCUGCCCCACCAUCGUCAUGCCUCGGAGGUUUUCCGCGCCUUCAAUACCACGUACUUUGUAGUGAGUUGGAGGGACUCCUGCGAGACAGUGUGGUACUACUUCAAGGAAGACCCUUUUGAGCUGGUCCUCUGGGAAGUAGACCUAAAGUUCCGGGCACAUGAAUGGCUCUUCCUUGGAGGCACCACGACUGAGGUGUACGUCGCGGCGGCAGCGGCGGCAGUGACGGUGAUUAUGCAUUCUGGAAGCCCUAAUAGCUGCAACGUCACCAGCGCUAUCUGGAAGAUCACGAGGGACAACAUCGUGAAACACGGCUCCUUAGAGUCUGGUGAGCGUCUGUCUAUGUUUGCUGAGGGCAAUCUAGUAACGCUAAGGGUUCAUGCUGCUGACUCCACCGCUAUCUACAAGCUCGAUUUGCUCUCUGGCAGUUUAUUGCUGAAGCAGACCGUGCACAGUGGCUUCGACAUUUACAAGACCACUGUGACGCCAAGAAACCAAACUGUCACCUUCAGAGGCCUUGCGGGACACGGCAUGCUACUUGUGGACGAUUAUGAAGGGGAGGUGGUGAAGACUGAGCGAAGUAUUGAUGAUUGCGUUUUCGUGGAAGAAGAUGGACGCUUGUACCUUCUCCUGGCCCUCACUAGAGCUGAGGUGCACAGGGACGAGUUCCUACUGGAGUUACAUUCCGUGGAUGUAGCAUCGAGGACACUUACCUGGGAGAGUGUUCACAGGAUGGCUGCCAAGACUCGACUCACCGUAUUCUUCGCUGGUAGUCGCACCACUGGUGCUUACAUCGUGGUGGCGCUUCAGGAGAAUGGCACUCCACUUGUGUACAGCCUUGUAGGAGCCACCUUAAAGGAGUUUGCAUCCCUAAGUACUCCAGGAGUAUCUUGGGCUGAGUACGUUGCAGUGCCCAGCCAGGUCUUUCCGCCCUUCCCUGAUCACUACUUGCUGCUUGGCCAGUAUAACAAAACAAGUGUCUUAACUCAGCUUGUCAUGAGGGGAGGUGCUGUUCCCCAAACAGACUAUAGGUGUUACCAAGAGCAACCAGUACUUCUAUAGACUACUGGCCACCAAGGCUUUGACAGCUUGUAGCAAUACAUGACCAUCCUAUGUACUAUAUACCAUGUUGGUUGCAGAUUGGACGACUUGCCUAACGUAACUGUUAUAUACAACCUGACGAAUGUGGCAUAAGACAUUCUUACCUUUAGCGAUUGUAUGAAAGUUUGAAUUUAAAGCAUUUCGUGUACUGUACCCUACAAUGCAAAUUCAGAUAUCAAAAAAGGACUUUUUACCAUAUCCCUCAAAUGAGUUAUCUCAAGAACUCGUGUUUACCAUACUUUCUUGCAGACUCUGGGACUUUGCACUAUUCCAGGCUUCUUUUAUAGUUAUUAUAUACAAAUUAAUAGUGAUAAUAAUUGUAAUAGUAAUAAUAAUCAUAAUAAUAAUGAUAAUUCUUAAUCAUAAUAAUAAUUAUGAGACUCAGAACAGCCUGUGAAACUACAGUUCCAGUUCCGACUACCGGGUAACAAGCUUGGGGCUUUUGGGAGGAGUCUAGCUUUUAGGAGCACAUUCGAAGUGGUCAGAUACACCCCAACAAGAAAGAAAAAUUAAAAUUAACAGACAGGCAAAAAACGAAAAAUAUAACCUUCCUCUGCCAUUAAUCCCGUGAUGGGUUGGCUGCUUUCACAAAUAACCAGCACCUUCCGUCUUCUGUAACCUCCUCCGCCACGCUCAAGUGUCGCGUUUCCCCCUCAGUUCCAUUUCUUGAUAUAUAUCUCUAUUAUUCCCUUACACUACACCCGGCUUCUCUAUGCCACCUUUACGGGAUCAACCACUCUAAGUCCGAUCACGUGGUUGUGGCACCUCAGGCGCUACUACAGGCGCUACUACCUCGCCUCCAGGAGAUGACUCGUGCCUCCAUUCUUUUUUCUUCACUCGUCCACCACAGCAUUUAUAUAUUUCCCCUCCAGUUUCUCCUUACUCCGCCUCAGCGCCCAGGCUCCUGCAUCUUACAGCGACACUGGUUUUACAACCGAUGCAUACAUUGUUACUCGCAAGGAAAUGAAAUAGAGUACCAUUGUGAUGCUGACCUUAGUAAGCCAUCGAAAGGUACAUUUAGUAAUGGUGACGUGGAUAUUGUUUGAUAACGAUCUAUAAUGACCAUUCCAAAAAUUAUGUCUGGAGGCGACGAAACGUGUGCCUAUCCUAGUCAUGUGAAUGAUCACUAGGAAUAUUAUGAAAAAAUAAAUAAAUAAAUAAAUAAAUAAUAAUAAUAAUUAUAAUAAUAGUAAUAAUAAUAAUAAUAAUAAAAUUGCAGUGGAAGAGUUCGACUUGCCAAAGAUCGGCAACAAGCGUCUCCUUACGUCUUAGUAGGUUAAGGGUGACAGGGAACUACACAAAGGAGACUGAAUCCUGGUAAUGUCACUGGGAAUGUAAGUGUUUUGUGUUAUGGGUAGUGAGUAUAUACGCUUGUAUGCCAUAUGAAUGUAAGUCCGUAUACAUAAAUGGUUAUAUAGUGCAAACAAGAAAAAUUGUAUAAACGUAUAUUAAAAUUUCACUCGUACAAAGGUAACGUAAAAUGGGAGAUACAUAGUUCCUUGUAGAUCGUCAUAACGUUUUUAGAUCACGAGUCAAGAGCGUCAGAAAGAAUUUCUUCCGUCACACAAAAUCAUUAAUUUUAAGUCGCCAGGCACAUACAAUUGCAGUCCACGGCUGACCUUUCUCCAAUCAACUCUUACCACCAAGGUCUCUAAAGUACACACAUUUUAGACCUUGUUUACCAUGUCCCUCUUCAGCCUUACAUUCAGCGCGAUUACUCGUGGUGUCAUAGCCUCCAUUCUUAGAUGGUGGUGUCGUAGUCUGGGGCGGUAGUGGUGAUCAUGUCUGCAGGGGCAUGAGUGGCGUCGUUGAUGGCAGUAGUGGUGGUGUUUGUAUCUUGUACGUGAGCCUUGGUGGCGGCGGCAGCAGCACAAUGAGUGUUAAUCGGGAAAUCGCAGACUUCAAGUUCUGUAUUGAAAUGGAGGCCUGCAGGACAAUCCAUGAGGAAGGCAAUAUUCCAGGAGCACAUGUAAAAGGAACCACAGUCUGCUGGGUUGGCCAUGUAAUGAGGAUAGGGUCCGGGGGGCAUAGGGCACCGGGAUGAAAUCAUCGGGGACGCCGUAAAGUAAGCAGGGACGCCAUCACUUGGGGCCGACGCCAGGAUAACCCCUAAGCAUACCGUGAGGAUC